GGGUAGGAGGAGGGAGAGGUCCGCUCCGCUCUGUCGGAUAAACGAGCAACAAGUCUGGUACACUGAAACAUUGAAUUUCAACAAGUAAAACCCAACUACGAGAAGCUGGAUUAAAAUCACCAGUUAACACCUCUCAGCCGGAUUUAUCAGCUACAGAAGGACGUGGACGGCUCUAAAACAGAGUGAAGGUAACAUGGCUCCACAGUUUACUGAGCUACCCUCCUAGACUCCUUCAAUACGUCAACAUAAAAACACCUCUCUGGAAUCCGCGCAGUCACGCACACAUUUGGCUCUCGGUGUGUGUGUGAGGGAUGACAACCUCCCACCUAAAUGGCCAUGUAGCUGGGGAGGGAGGAGGAGAUGAAGACUUGAGGGGAGGACAGCAGCACCGGGAAAUGGCUGUGGACUGUCCUGGAGAGCUGGGGAGUCGCACGCUUCCUCUGCGACGAUCUGCCCAACUGGAGAGGAUACGACAACACCAGGAGGACCUUCGUCGUCGCAGAGAGGAGGAGGGUCGUCAGCUGGACCUGAACGCCUCACUCAGACUCAGGAAGCUCUCCCAGAAUCCCCAGAUCGGCAUCGACAACCCAACAUUCCUGCAAGACUCGCACUCACCGCAGCAGCUGCCACUCACCAGCCAACACGCUCAUGCACUGCUGGAAUUGGAGGAACUGCUGUUGUCACUGAAGCAGGUCCGGGGCUGUCUGUCCGACCAGCAGAGUCAGAAUGACAUAGAGCUGGUUCUUGCACUACUAAACAAGUCUGACUUCCAGGCGGCACUGAAGAUCCAUAAUGCAGUGGCCGGCAGCAUGCACAGACCCUCGCCUCCAUACCCACACACACACCAGGCACUUCCACUGGCAAUGGAGGUCAGGGAUCUCAUCCAUUCAAGUCAGAACAAAGAGGGACUCGAACUCCACAACCUGCUGUCAGACACACACGUUCAGUCGUUGCUCGUGGCCCAUGAUAGCAUAGCAGAGAGGGAAAUGCAACCUGAAGCGCUGCCCACCCAAGGAGAAACACUGACCCAGUGGGGAGGAGAGACCGUUAAGAUAGUCCGCAUAGAGAAGGCCCAAGACAUACCACUGGGAGCAACGGUUCGGAACGAGAUGGACAGUGUUGUGAUCAGUCGGAUCGUUCGAGGAGGAGCAGCUGAACGGAGCGGGCUGUUAUCAGAGGGAGAUGAAAUACUAGAGAUUAACGGCAUAGAAAUCAGAGGGAAAGAUGUCAACCAAGUCUUUGACAUUCUUGCGGACAUGCACGGCCUCCUGACCUUUGUGCUCAUUCCCAGCACACAGAGCAAACCUCCUCCUGUCAAAGAGACUGUGAUCCACGUCAAGGCCCAUUUUGACUACGACCCCUCAGAUGACCCCUAUGUGCCCUGCAGAGAGCUAGGCUUGUCUUUCCAGAAAGGAGACAUUCUGCACAUCAUCAGCCAGUCCGACCCCAACUGGUGGCAGGCGUACCGGGAUGGAGACGAGGAUAACCAGCCACUAGCUGGACUGGUACCAGGAAAGAGUUUCCAGCAGCAAAGAGAAGCCAUGAAACAGACCAUAGAAGAAGACAAGGAGCCUGAGAAGCCUGGGAAACUGUGGUGUGCAAAAAAGAACAAGAGGAAGAGAAAGAAGCUACUGUACAACACUCACAGGAAUGAUGAUAUGGAUAAUGAUGAGAUUCUCACCUAUGAGGAGAUGGCGCUGUACCACCAACCGGCCAAUAGGAAACGGCCGAUUGCACUGAUUGGUCCGACCAGCUGUGGCCAGGCGGAGCUCAGACAGCGACUACUCAACAACCAACCAGAGCGCUUCGCUGGCGCUGUACCUCAUACCACGAGGAACCGGCGUGAAGGCGAGCUGAGUGGACGAGACUACCACUUUGUGUCACGUCAGACUUUUGAAGCAGAACUGGCAGCUGGGAAACUGAUCGAGUCUGGUGAGUUUGAGAAGAACCUGUAUGGGACCAGUACAGACUCGGUGAGACAGGUCAUCAACACUGGAAAAAUCUGUGUGCUCUGUCUGCACACACAGGCUCUAAAGGUCCUGAGGAGUUCAGACUUGAAGCCUUACAUCAUCUUCAUAGCCCCGCCCUCCCAGGAAAGACUCCGAGCGCUAUUGGCUAAAGACAACAAGAACCCUAAGCCCGAGGAGCUGAGAGACAUCAUCGAGAAAGCCCGUGAGAUGGAGCAGAGCUGUGGUCACCUGUUUGACGCCGUCAUCGUCAACACAGACCAGGACAAAGCCUACAAUGAGCUGCUACGACUCAUCAACAAACUGGACACUGAACCGCAGUGGGUGCCCUGCUCCUGGCUGCGCUGAACACACACACACACACACACACACACACACAAAUCCCACCAACUGACCACACACACACACACACACACACACACACACACACAGCCUAAGGUGCACACAUUUCUACACAUUGAACUAACUGGACCCAGUUUUCACUGCAACUACAGCAGAGUGUAAGAGCACUGUGAUUUCCAGAAGAAAGUCAUGAACAUUACAAGAAAAUCAGAAUUAUACAAGAUUUUCCAACAAGAGUUGAAAGGAUCUAAGUAAAAAUGUACAAUGAGAAAAGACUUCUGUAUUAUGAAGUGAGUAAUUUAGAGACAUGUUUACACCUAUCCCACCCAGAUGUAUAUUUACUAACCUGACUCUAUUAAAUUUGACUGUCAGAUUAAGUUUAGUUUGCAGAUACUUCUGUUUGGGUCUGUGAACGCUCUUAGCCGGUCAUGAAGGAAAUGUUUGUUGUUGUUUUUUUUAAUUUUAUUUUUUGUGCUUCAGCCACUAGAAGAAAACGCACCAAAUUCUGUGGCUCCUAAAUCAUUGAAUUGGUUUUAUUCAGUAUUGAAAAAAUUAAGAAAAAAAUGUAGGAAUGUGUAAUGGUAAAAUGUUGAUCUUGAUAAUAUCACACUUCUUUCAUAAACCUAUGUAUGAAUUUCAACAUGUUUGGUUUUAGAAUGAACUUAAACUACUGCACCCACUCUGUCACAGAUACUACAGCCUUACUUAGGUUUAAAGUUUUUUUAAUUGCCUUUUAAAUGUUGAUUUUUUUUUUUUUUUUUUUUUUUUGUCCUCAACACUGAUUUUUCGCUCAAAAAAAAAGAUAAAAUAAUUUAAAUGUGAUCAUAUUACAUUUUCUUUUCUUUCUUUUACAAUUAAUGUUAUUUCUAUUCUUGUUUAAUCCCAUUUUAAGACUUUUUCCUCAUAUCUCACAGUGACCUUACACUUCUGUGCAACAUCAUAAACACUAUCCCAUGUGCAGCACUUUAGGUAAUUAUAAAUAUAUAUAAAGUUAAAAGUUCUAGUCUUUAAAAGGGAGGAAAACCUCAACUGAUCCUUGUUUAGUUUUUUGAUCAGCAGUGGCAUUUAUGACACUAAGUGACGUCUUCAUCAGUAAUCAUGGUGAGACCAAAACGUGGACCUGAAACACUGACAGUUUGUUUUUCUUUAAGAGUUUUUAUUUUCUCAGAAAAGUGGGGCCUCUUUUAUAACACACCUUUGACUUAAUCCUUCGAUCAUUUCACUGAGUUCUAAUUAAUAAUCUAUUUAUAUGAUGGCGAUCAAAUAGUUUUUACAUGUUACAGAGAAUCCAUGUAAACCUCUGAUUUGGAAUUCAUUCUUUUUUCUAAUUAAAACUCAGGCUUAGCUUCAGUCCUAAGCCUGGAUGAGGCCCGUAGGGAGGAGUAAAUGUGAAAAUCAGUGUGCUGAGAUCACACACACACUCGCAUACACACUGACGUAUAGUACAAAUCCGCACUGAGCCACUGCAUUUACAGCUAUGAAGAAAACGCACACACACUGUACGCAUACACACCAGCUGUGCAUUAGCUGCAUACCCCCAACCAAACUGGGGAGUCUGUGUUUCACAGCCUGAAGCUGCAGCCUUCUGAACCCCGACCCACCCACUCACUGACCGACUCACCCACCCACUGACUAAGAGGCCCUUUCCACUAAAGUAGUUCUGAUUCUUGAACCAGUUCCAUUCAGACCUGGGAUCCUGAUGCCUCUCCUGAACCAGCUCUUGUUUCCACAGGUGUUGAAUGGAGUUAUUCUAGUAGUUUGGCAUUAACCGUGGACUGUCUGACGGUAACACAUUACUCAUCCAAAGCUGAGGUUUAGGUGUUUAGUUUUACAUUUGUUCUUGUGUUCAGGUGUUCCUCUUUCUUGUGCUACUUUCUAGUUUUUCCUUAAACACAGUAGAUGACCAGAGGUGAUUUCAGUCUGAAUUAAAGUUAAAUUUUUUUCUUUUUUACAUUUGGUUUAGUUUACUCAUGCUACUUAUACUACGUGUGCUGCUCUCUUUACAGACGUUUGUGCGUCUGUUUUCACGUCUUCUUUUUCCUUUAGCUAUUUAUUAACACAGUAAACACUUAACUUAAUGGAAUUGGUCCAAACAUCCAAACCACUUAAAAAGUAUUUGCACUGCAAUCGAACCAAACUGUCAUUCAGUUUCAUCUGGUUUAAGCUGGACCAAAGGACCAGCUGUUUGUCUGCACUGUGGUCCAGGGGAGGUUUCAGACCUGCAAAUCUGGCUCUGAUCAAACCGUCUAGUCCCAGAGUCCAGACCAAAGGAGGACAGAGUUAAAGUGCCAUAAAUUAGCAUCGAACACUGGGUUUAGUUUUUUUUUUUUUUUUUUUUUUUUUACACUGCUCUCUCGGACAUUUACCUUUUUUUCCAUCUCAUCCUCUCUUUCCAACCUGUUUGUGAUGCACAACAGUAAACACUUGAAUUUAGGGGAAAACCUGCUGUUUUUUGGUUUGGUUUUCAAUAUUUCCAACUGAUUUACUUUUAGUUCAAAUGAUCUGAACAGUUGAGGAUGAAGGUUCAUUAACCAGACCUGCACCGGUUCCAUUUUAGUGGAAAAGGGCUUUGACUGACGACUGACCUCCUGUUUAAAUGUACACUGUCGCACUAAACACUAAAAUAAAGGACACAGCACUCGACAGGUGUUUUACUGACUGCUUUUGACGACUUGUCGACUCCUCAGUCCGGUCUGAUCACAUUUAAGUAGAGUUGACCUCAGAGCCUGUGAGCGGGUCAAGAAGCCGUGAAAGUCGUAGGUUUUAGUCGCGUUCCUGUUCAGCACAUGAUGUUGAAUUAAGUCUAUAUUUAGUGUGUGUGUUUGUGUAUGUGUGUGUGCGCGCUUGUGUGAAUGAACGCGUGUGUGUCUGUCCUUGGAGACAGUGAAGUAUUAUUAUUACCUGAAGUAGACCUGACAGCAUAUCACUGUUAUCACUGUGUAGAGCAUUUAUAUAUUUGUAAUAUUGAACAUAGAUUUAUGAAGUCCAGGAUGCACCAAUAGGAUUGCAGGCUUCACCCCCUUGCCUCCCUGCCAUUGGUCCAGGAGGAAGUUGGUGGGCGGGGCUAAAUGGAAUUAACUAUUGAAUGUAAAGUUAAUUGAUACCACUUCCUGUUUAUCUGACGUCACUUGUUCCUGAGAAAAUCAACUUUUUGUAUGAAUAUUCACAAUGAAUAAAUAAAUAGAUGAUUCAUAGAAAAUUA